GUAUAACUCACACUUUUUGCUUAAAAUAGAUUUUCAAGAGUCCAAGACAGCAGCCCAGACCGCCUCACCGCCGCGCCAAACCACCUUCCGGCUUCCGCACGCCAGAACCCAGACGCGUCGACGCCUCCAGGCUCCACCGACGACGACCAGACGGCAGACGACCAGUGGACUGGUGUCUGUGUCGGAAUUAGUUGCGGCCGAGCCUUCACCAUACGCCACUGGUUAGGUGGUUCGGCACUUCGAACAAUCGGUCUUCAACAGUUCGACUCUUUGACUUCGUCAGUUCGUCAGUCACUCAGACGGCCUCGACGCCUCGACCUGCCGGCUGUCGACCUAUUCCGAACCCACACUUUGGAAAUCUUGGAGACGGCACCGUCACCUCUACCCGUCGAGCGUCGACGAGCUGACCACCAUUUCUGCUAAGCCACAUAACACGUUCUUGCAUUCAUUAUGGACACUUCUCCUGCUGGGUUUCCUGUACCCCAUAAGAAGCUCACUAUUGAUAUCCAGAAAAUCAAAACAGAUCUGGUCAUUUGUCAUUAUGAAGAUCAUUUCCUUGUAAUUGUGACUCAGCUUGGAAGUAUGGGAACGUUACUGCAAGCCAGAAAGGAGGAAGGUGUAUCAGUUCAACCUACAUUCAAUGUUUCUGUCAUAUUUGGCAAACGAGAUGAGCCAUUGCUUUCGGCUUGUGCUUGUCAGUUAAUUGAAAAUAUAAGCGCUGCUGGCUCGUCUAUGUCACUGGUGCUUUCUCUUGGUCUGAAGGACCAUUCUGUGGAUACAAUCAAGGCCAUAGUCUCUGCAGUGAUAGAAAAUCGAAUGUGGUGAUCUUCUUGCUACAUGGAACAUCCAACUUACAGCAGUUACAUCACUUUUCUGUGGUACAGCAUAGCUGGAUGCACUCAAGCAACAGAGCAGACGAUCUGCACUGGUUUCUCUAUGUCUAUCUUUCCUAAGAUUAUGAAUUUUCUAAUAUGCUCAAGGAUAUAUAUUCAAUUUGCUCGUAUUAAUACACUUAUUAAGUUAUUAUAGCACAUAGGUUUAGGUGAUUAGUUGUUAUUUGAUUCUUGUUGACCCUUUUGGUUUUGAUGAACAAACUGACAAACUUGACUAACGAGAGUUUUAAGUCUUGGUGAAUGAAAGGUUCAAGCAAUGAAGAUUGUUUCGGAGUAGGAACUCAAAUCAA